UUCAGUUCAUAAAGUCAGACCAAAGUAGAGAAACGACAGAAAGAAUCCCCAGAGAAACCAUGGACUCUGAAGGUAAUGACCCUGAUUUGAGGAUUGUGCUGCUGGGAGCUUCUGGAGCUGGAAAGAGUUCAAUAGGAAAUGCAAUACUUCGUCGAGAGGCGUUUAAAGAGAGCAGAACGAGAGAGAGCGAGAUACAGAGAGGAAGAGUAGAAGAUAGAAACAUCUCCAUCAUCGACACUCCAGGAUUCUUCAACACUCACCUGACUGCUGAAGAGCUGCAGAUGCAGAAUGAAAUGAUGAAGAGUCUUCAUCUCAGCUAUCCUGGACCUCAUGUGUUUCUGCUCAUCAUCAACCUGGAGAACUUCACAGAUGACCAGAAGCACAUUGUGCAGAAAAUUCUGGAGAACUUUGGUCCUCAAGCCUUGAAGUUCACAAUGGUGCUGUUUACUGGGAGAGAACAAAUGACAAGGAAAGAAUGGAUGCUCUUUAGGCUGAGUGCAGAAUUUCAGGAGCUAGUCGGUCACUUCAGAGGACAAUACCAUGCCAUCAACAGUACAAAUCAGAUUAAUCAAACCCAAAUUACAGAGCUACUAGAGAAGAUUGAUGAAACUGUCAAGCAGAAUAAUUACCAGCAUUACAACAGCGGGAUUUGCUCAAUGUCUCGAAAAAAGAGCAUUAGAAUACAGACAAAACAAGAGGGAAAUAAUGCAUUCGGAAGAAAAAAUCCAGUAAUCAGACAAAAUCCAGCAAAACCCGCAUGGGACAAUAUGCCCUCUGACAGUAAACUAGAGGACAGAAGAGAGAGUUUGAUUGAAGAAGUGAAGGGAAAUAUACGAGAAAAGAACAAACAAGAGGAAGAAAACAAACACCGAAGAAUAAACCAAAUGAAAGAAGCAAAACAAGAAGAUAAAGCAAAGUCAGAGUCUUCUAAGACAAGAACACAUGUUGUGACUGAAGAAACAGAGAAGAGCUAUGUUUCACGUGUCACGCAGACUAAGAAAAGAACUGAAGACUCAUUAGAAAGAUUUCAGGAUUUCUCCAGUGAAACAAUGAGAGGCAAAAGUGCAGGCAAUAAAAAUAACUACUCUCCAUUAUCAGAAGGUUUCAGGAUCGUGAUGGUGGGUAAAUCUGGAGCUGGAAAGAGCGCAACAGGAAACACUAUCCUCGGUGAGAAGGUUUUUAAAGAAGAUUUUUCUUUGGACUCUGUGACUGAACACUGUCAGACACAUAAGAAGGCCGUUGACUGUCGAAUCAUCUCCAUCACCGACACUCCGGGAUUAUACGAUACAUCAAUGAGUGAAGAAAAGCUGAAAAAAGAGGUCGAGAAAUGCAUUGACAUGUCUGUUCCUGGUCCUCAUGUGUUUCUGCUGGUCAUCAGACUGGAUGUGAGAUUGACAAACGAAGAGAGAAACGCAGUCAAAUGGAUUCAUGAGAACUUUGGAGAAGAUGCCACACACUUUACCAUCAUUCUUUUCACAAAAGGAGAUCAGUUAGAAACACCCAUUGAGAAGUUUCUGGCAGGAAAUGAGCCGAUUAAUGAGCUGAUAAAACAGUGUAAAGGUGGCUAUCAUGUCUUCAAUAACAAAGAGGAAAAGAACAGAUUGCAGGUCACUGAGCUGUUGAAGAAGAUAAUGACAAUGGUGGAUUUGAACGGUGGAAAUCACUACACCAGUGAGAUGUAUAAGAAAGCUCAAAGGAAGCUCCAGAUGAAGAACGCUGAAAAGGGGGCUCUAUUGGGAGCGAGUGUUGCUGGUGUUGGAGCUGCGGUUGUUGGAGGUGCAGCUUUAGUCACUGCAACUGGUGGUCUGGCUUUACCUGUCGGUCUACUAGUAGGAGGAGCUGUGCUAACAGGAGUACCUGGGGCUAAAGCUAUUGCUGAUGAAGCCAGACAAAGUUGGAAGAGAAAAUCCUCAAAGGGUAAAUAAAUCAUUACAGUUGCUGCUAAAGGGCAACGUAUCACACCAUCUGGACAAAAACAUGUUAAUAUAGGAAAGAAAUGGAUGUGAGAGUUGACUGGCUCAGUUGAUUGGCUGAGAAAGUUGAUCAAUUGAGUUGGUAAUUGACAGAGAAAGAUAAUUGGCUAAGACAGCUUGUUGGCUGAGAUAUUUGAUUGGCUGAGACAUUUGAUCAGCUCCGACAGUUGAUUGGCUGAGACAGUUGAUUGACUGAGAAAGAUGAUUGGCUGAGUUGGUGAUUGACAGAGAAAGAAAAUGGCUGAGACAGUUGAUUGGCUGAGAGAGA